GAACGGAUGCUUCAGCUUUAUAGCCCCUGUGGCGUGUCUGUGUUUCCCAUUCUGUCUGUGCCACAGCCAAAACUAACUACGGCAAGUAAAAUGGGUCAAUGCUAGGUAUUUUUUUUUGUGUAUCCGCUUUCUGCACUGUCAGUGUCAACGUUUGGUUGUUGGGCCGAGUUGCUGGGAACAAACAAUAAUAAUGUCGGAGCAGGAGGCUCUGAAGUGUUCCAGUGCAAGAAACCGUGGAGGAACGCAGCGGGUUGAAGGGAAACUGCGAGCCAGUGUGGAAAAGGGAGAUUACUAUGAGGCUCACCAGAUGUACAGAACCUUGUUUUUUAGGUAUAUUUCACAGGCAAAGCACACCGAUGCCAGGGAGUUGAUGUACAAUGGCGCCCAGCUCUUCUUCAGCUACAACCAGCUUAACAGUGCUGCAGACCUGUCAAUGUUGGUGCUAGAGUCUUUGGAGAAAUCCGAGGCAAAGGUGGAGGACGAAGACUUAGAGCACCUGGCUAAGCUGUUCAGUUUGAUGGACCCUAACUCCCCAGAGAGAGUAGCAUUUGUGUCCCGCGCACUCAAAUGGUCCACAGGUGGCUCGGGGAAGCUGGGCGCCCCCAAACUGCAUCAGCUCCUAGCAGUCACCUUGUGGAAAGAGCAAAACUACAGUGAGUCUCGCUACCACUUCUUGCACUCCUCUGAUGGAGAGGGCUGUGCCCAGAUGCUGGUGGAGUACUCGGCGCAGCGGGGCUUUCGCAGUGAGGUGGACAUGUUUGUGGCACAGGCCGUCCUGCAGUUCCUCUGUUUAAAGAACAAAAACAGUGCGUCUGUAGUUUUCAGCACAUAUACGCAGAAACACCCCUCAAUAGAGAAGGAUCCUCCCUUUGUGCAGCCCUUGCUCAACUUUAUCUGGUUUCUCUUGCUGGCAGUGGAUGGAGGCAAAUUAACAGUGUUCACGGUGCUAUGUGAGCAGUAUCAGCCUUCCCUGAAGAGGGACCCUAUGUAUAAUGAGUAUCUCGACAGGAUAGGACAGCUUUUCUUCGGGGUGCCACCCAAACAGUCUUCAUCAUAUGGUGGAUUGCUAGGGAACCUGUUGAACAGCCUGAUGGGCUCAGGUGAGGAUGAGGAGGGAGAGGAAGCACAGGAGCACGGCAGCCCCAUCGAGCUGGACUGA